UGAAAAUUAAUUUGAGCCGAUGCGAUCGUCAGGGAAUUGUGUUAGGUUUUGAUAGUAAUUCUAUUCCUCUUAAUUUGUUUAGAAUAUUUUUUGCCAGGGAUGAUUUGAUAGCUUGCAGCAGUUUAUCACUAAUAAUAAAUUCGUUAAAUAUGCACAUUAAUGUAUAAAUGCAAUUAAUUAAAUCUUUUGCGUAUAUUCAUUGAACAGUAGAUCCAGAUGUCUAGGGAAGCUCAAAAAUCUAGAAAUCGAUAUUUAAGAUGUUUUAAUAGCAUUUGUAAGUAAUGAAACACAACGCAUUAAAAAUUUCGAGCCAUAUAACAAAAAUUUCGUGUUAGAAAAUUCCGACUCUGACGUCUCUAUGGAUGCUCCAGAGACCAAAACUGACUCGAAGAAUGGCAGUAUGUCAAUAGACACUUUAGCAGUUGAGCAGAAAAUGAGGAGUGGCUGUGAUAAUAAUGAAACAGAAUAUUCUCUAAAGAUUGAAGAAAAGUAUAAAUGUGAUGAAAUUGAUGCAUUAUUGCAACAAAGCGACUUAAAUGAACAGCAAAUUGAUUGGUUCAGUCCUGUACCUUGUAAAAGUAAUGCAUCAGAUGCAAAAGAAUUUUCUUAUUCUAAAAUAGAAACUUUAAAUCCUGAAUCUGAAGAUGUAACUUGUGUAGUUUUAGCGUCAGAGAAAGCUUUAAAUGCUUUGGUUGAGUGUUUAGAAGGUGUCAGUACUAAAAGUGAAGAAAGAAGUACCGAUAUCAAUAAUAUUAAAGAUGAAAGCGAGCUGCAGUCUUCUGCAAGCAAAAUUUCUGGUUCAAAAAAAGUAGCUCAUAUUAAAAAGGAACAAAAUUUGCCAGAAGAAGGAAGCAUUAGUGAUACUGAUAUGGCUCCUCAAAGACCGGGUAUUGAAUGGAAGCUUGGAGAGUUUUUACAGGUCAGAGAAAAAUCUCAUUGGUAUGAUGCUAAAAUUAUUGACAUAGAUUGGACUAAACACAAAAUUAAAAUUCAUUAUUUAAAAUGGAAUGCAAGAUAUGACUCAUGGUUUCCUAUGGAAAGUGAUAAUCUUAAACCCUCUGAGAUAAAUAAGUUACCUGAAAAGAGCAAGUCUAAAACGUUCGUUGUUGGGCAGAGAGUUCUUGCUAAAUGGAAGGAUAAUAUGUGUGAAGCUGUUGUCAAGAAGUGUUUAGAUGAGGACGAUUAUCUUGUUUUAUUUAAAGAAGAUGGUGCUCAACGUAAAAAACAUGCAUGUGAUCUUCAAGAAUAUCCUCAGAAAAGUAUUAAAUCUCCUUUAAAAAUUGAUUGUGAGAAAAAAGUAAAAGUUGCAACUAAGCAAUUCAUUAUUAAAGAAGACCACAAUCAAUUCAAGUGUUCAGUUAGAGGAUGUACUAAAAGUUUCCGUAAGGAAGAGCUAUUGGCAUCGCAUUUAAAACAUUAUCACAGUGAAAAAAGAUUUGAAGGAAAUGCAAAUAAGAUGUCUGCAUUAAAAAUUUACUCACCCUUUGAAAAAAAUGGGCAUAAAACUGUAAGAAAAAUUUCUCCAAAAGUGAAUGAUAAUUAUAGAAAGGAUUUAAAUAAUUCUUCUUUUACAGAAGAAACUUCUGCAAAACAGCCUUCUAAAUUUAGAAACACAGCUAGGCAUUCUAAACAUGAGGAAAUAAAUUUAAAAGAACAGAAGCUGCCAAAUUUGUCGAGACAUAAAUCUGGUAUUGCCAAGAUAGUCCCUCUUUCACCCCGAAAACAUACAUAUGAAGGUAGUGAGAACAUUACAAGAAGAUGUAUAACACGAAAAGUGUCAUUACCAGCUAAAUUUGCUAGUUCUGAAAUUUUUCUAACAACACCAUUAAUUAAACAGAUUCAUAAUUCAAGUUGUGGCAGGAAUAAUCAGAUUCCUUCAGCAGAACAGAAGAAAACAUAUAAUCUCAAAUGUACUUCAGCUUCAAAAAUGCAGGUUUCAAACAAAGAAACAAAAUCACUUCAUGGGCUUUCCAGAUAUCAUAAUUUGAAAAAGGCAAACAAAAAGGAGGAAAAGUCAGAUUUUCCUCAGACAGAAGUUCAAGUAAAAUGCAAUGAUCCUGUACAAAAGAAAUCUCCCAUCAAAACUAAAAUAACUCAUUGGAAGAAACGAGCAUCACAAGCUUAUACAUCUAAUAUAAACAAUGAAAAACUUCACUUAGAUAUUAAAGACGAUUCAGAUUUUAAAUCUGUUGAGAAAGAUACAACAGAUAAUAAAGUAAUUAAAAAGGAGUUAUGUGAGAAUAAUGUGAACUCAUUAGAAGUUUGUCAGGAUGAGAGUAAUUAUGAAAUGGAUUUAGAUAAAGAUAAAAUAUAUAACUCUUCAAACAGCGAGUUCAAUUUAGAGUUUGAUAGUAAAAUACCACUGAUAAAUAAAAGUAAGAGAUGGAAAAGUAUGUUUAGUGAACAAUUAGAAAAAUUUCCAUCUGAUAUAAGCAAAUCUUCAAAUGCAGAUAUUUCCAGUGAAAUCAACAGUGAUUUAAUUGGAGAUUCCAGAAGCAAUAUAUGCUCUCAAAAUCUGCAAAUUAUGCCGACUGAUUUACAGUCUGAAGCUUGUUCAAACUCCGCGGAAGUUUUAUCAACCACUGAUGCCAUUGUGGGAGAUCCAGACUUGAAAACAAUAAAUCAGUUUCAAGAUGGAAUUGAUGAUCUUCUGAGUGAGCAAGUGAAUACAUUUGCUGAGCAAAAUCCUGAUAAUUCUCGUGGAACAUCUAUUGAAACCAAUGGUGUUUCAUUGCCAACUGGUCCUGAUCUUUCUAAACUUUCGUUGCCAGAAGAAAUUUUGAGCGAAUCCCAGACAAUUAAAAAAGCUGAGAAAGGUAAACUUGGUUCACCUGAUGCUGGAUACCACAUCAAAAAAGAAAUUAACAAAGUAGAUUCUCCAUCAAUUGUAUCCAGUCAUGUAAUGAAUACACGUCAUAAGAAAUUAAUUUUGGAAAAAGCAAAGAUAGAAACUUCUGAAAAUAAAACAAAUUUAUACAUGAGAAGAAAAAUGAGAAGACCUGCUUGGAUGGGGAAAUCAAAACGCAGACGGUCUAGGUCUAAAAAUGAAUCAGCAGACACAGAUUUGAUGAAGGAUUCCCAUUACAGCCCAUUAAAAAUCACUACAUAUUCUGCAGAUGCUAAGGAGUUAACAUCUGGUUGUUCAGUUCCUCAAACUCCUCUGUUGUCUGAUGAAGAAUAUGUUGAUGACUUAGAAUAUGAAGCUGAUGACCUAGUAGUUUGUAUCUGUAAUAGUACUGCUGAUGAAGGUAAAAUGAUUCAAUGUGAUUUCUGCAAAACUUGGCAGCAUUGUGCAUGUCUUAAUAUAAAAUCUAUUGGUAAGGAAGAAGAGCACAUGUGUUGGAACUGUCGUUAUUCAAAAGCUAUCAAAGAAUCAAAAGAUAAAUAUUAUUUAGAAUGGUUGGCAAAGCGUGAAUUUCCUUCUUUCAAGUUUUCUGAAUAUGCUCGUGGUUGUGAUUCUCUGGACAAAAGCCUCAUGCCGAUUCAACAUGUUUCUGAGCUUUGCAACAGAACAAAACAGCUCAAACAUAUUUUGUCAAAGUGUAAACAGGUAUUCUCAAUGUUGAAUAAUUGUUCACAGCGUGAAAUGAAAAAUAGUAGCACGUCAGCUGUUAGUAAUGAUACAUCUAAUGACAACACAGAAAGUGCAAAUUCUAGUAUGUCUUUAAAUAUUUUACCUGAAAGCCUAAGUGCUAUUUAUUUUCUUGAUAUUUUAAUUAAGGAGUACUUCCUAAAAAAUUUUUCAAAAGAUCUGUUGACACCUGAGGAAAUAAAAAUCCUUACUUCAUUAAGACCACUUGCACAUAAUUUUCUGCAGUCUCAAAAAUUAGGAGAUUCAAAUUCAGAAUGUGUUGAUAUGAAUAGUGCUGAUUUUUUAAAACAGCAUCCAGAAUUGAUUCCCAUUUUAAGUAAAAUUCAAAAUGCUUGCAAAAUAUUAACAUAUGAUAAUAAUCUUUGUGAAUUAGUAGCAUCUGAUUCAGCUUUAAAAUCUAAGAUGAGGGUAAAAUUAGAAAGCAGUAAUAAAUUUGCUGAAUUUAUUCAAGAAAUUAAAAUGGGAAACAGACCAGAGCUAGACAGCAAUCCUCUAACUGAAGAUUUUUCUAAUAAAUUGUAUAUUUCAUCUUCUUGUUUGAAGAAAUGCAAAGCAGAAAAGAAAUUAAUAGGUCUGACUGUACUGAAAAAUUUUGUAAAUGGUGAAGCUAAAACUUUAUGCGUUGGUUUAGGAACAAUUAAGAUAAUACGUCACAUGUGCAGAGAAGAAUCGGAUAUUCUGGGAACUGAUUCACAGUGUGGUACUUCUUCCAUUAAAGAUGAUCACCUUUCACUGAGUGGUAGUGAUCUUAUGGGUAUGCAUCAUGAAGAGUGUUGCCUCAAGGAAGUGAAAGAAAGUCUACUUAAUGUAUUCAAUUAUAUAAGCACAGAAUUAGAUUCCAUAUUUUCUGGCAUAAAUGUUGCCAGCCAUAUUGAUAAUAUGCCAGUGGAAGUAAAAGAAUUCAAAAAUUGUAAUGGCAGUGUUAAUGAAUCGCAGAUGAUUCUGGAAGAAAUGAGAGCAAUAGUUAAAGAUUUAGAACAGCUGCAUGCAGUUCAUCAGUUUGAUAGUCUAAAGUAAAAUCUUUGUCAUAUUUAUAUCCUAAUAUCAUAUUACUUCAAUUAACUUAAUUGUUUCUCAUAGAAAAACUGGAAAAUAAGAAAUAUAAUAAUCUAUGUCAUUAACUGGAAUAUAAAAUUUUACUGCAGUGGUUAUGCUUCAUCAAGUAUCAAUUCUAAGUGCUCGAGGAGGUAACUUUGAAUACAUUUCAUGGCAUAACUUGCCACAAUAAAAUUUCUAGUAAUAAUAGUCUAUUUAAAAAUUUUUCUCAGAAGAUUGCAGAGUUAAUGAAGAUAUAAAUUAUAAGCAACAAAAUUCAAAAUUUAUGUAAUAUUUUUAAAGUUUAUGUUCUUCUGCAUGUAAGGAAAUGUAGGAAUGAAAUAUGUCUUGGUCUGAAAAAGAACAAAAGUAUAAUUAGGAUAACAACAAUUGACUGCUUCAAGAACUAUUAUGAAAAAGUAAGACAAGUGUAAAUAAGACUGGAAGAUCAUCGUUUGUGUGAUUAUAUGCGAUGAUUGAUCAAUUUAGAGGUUGACAGGUACAGGUUCAAGCAAGGCCAGCACCUAUGUAACCAAGUAUAUUAACCUUUCGAGGAUGGGAUGGCUGUUAUAUUGGUCAUGGUAUUCCCUGUUUGAAAAGAUGAGUAU